AAUCGAGUACAAUCAUGCAAUUUUAAAGAUUGGAAUUUUCUAACGGUGCACUAAGAUUGCUGCCAUAGAUCUUAAAAAUAAAAGCGAAGAACUGGUAUGCUGGCACAGGAGAUUGGUGAAUGAUCAAAGAUUCGAAGGUUUUGAGAAAUUGUCAGCAUUUGAAUCUCUGAGUGACUGAGUGUUGAAUCGAGUUGUGAAGAUGUUUCUGUGGAGAUUUACUCGCCCGUUGAUGAUGAUGGCGAGGGUGAAGGAGACUACAGGGAUUGUAGGGCUAGAUGUUGUCCCAAAUGCUAGAGAGGUGUUGAUUGGCCUGUACAGCAAAACGCUGAAGGAGAUCCAGGCGGUUCCUGAGGACGAGGGCUACAGGAAAGCUGUGGAGAGCUUCACGCGCCACCGGCUCAAGGUUUGUCAGGAGGAGAAUGAUUGGGGAGCGAUCGAGAAGCGUCUUGGUUGCGGACAGGUUGAGGAGCUCAUUGAAGAGGCGGAGGAUGAGCUCAAGCUUAUCGAUAAAAUGAUCGAGUGGGAUCCAUGGGGCGUACCUGAAGACUAUGAGUGUGAAGUUAUAGAGAAUGAUGCACCAGUUCCCAGACACGUGCCUCUACAUCGACCUGGUCCUCUGCCCGAGGAGUUCUACAAGACGUUGGAGAAUGUCACAACAGGCACGUUGGAGGACAUCACGAUAAAAAAGAAAGAUCCCUCUAUAGCCUAAUAUGUGUGGCAAUGCCGCAAUGAAGCUUUCUCCAACCAAUGUUUUCUCCUCUCGGAGGAUAUUUGGUCAAGAAACCAUGUGUACUGUUUUAUGCUCAGGUCUUGUGAAGAGUGUUAUAAUAUAUAGAAAAUAAUCUCACCACAAGAGGACCUGGCUUUUUUUUUUUCCUAGUUGGGAGGAUUUGGUUGUGUACUGCAGUCUUGUAAACUUUCAUCAGUCCGUUUAAAGUUUCAAUUUUUUUUGAA